GGGAUCUUAACUGGUGUUCAACUUACUGCCAGGCCCUGGUGGUUCAUGGGAAAUCUGCAAAAGGACAGCAGCUGGGAGAAGGGUCUUCUUUCCAGAGGAUCUUGGAGGCUGUUCUAGGUAACACCCAUCUGAAGAGGCUCUCUGAAAGCUGCCUGGAGAAGUUACAGUGAAAAUGCCCGGGUGUUGGCUCCACUAGGAGCCAUUAGGAGGGACAUACGUCCUUAGCCGAGUAGCUCCCUCACUGUGGUGUGAAUGUGGUUUGCAUGGGGUCAUUAAAUAAACAAGUGCCGACAAUUUUGCAUAUGUGCUUGGUGAUAUUUAUUAUACCUUCUUCAAGGAACUGGAGGGCCACGUUUAUUUAAAUCAGCAGAAUCCAUACAUUCCCUCAGCUCGGUGCAAAGACGCACAAGCAGAGUGACCAUUCGGCUUGGUCUGUCAUGGUCUGUGCUCUCCAGAAGAACAACAGCUGUUGGACUCUUAUUUUUGUGAUGUGGAGCAUGUCUGGGUGUGUGGCAGGGGGAACUGAAAUGUCUUCUGCUGACUUUUUAUACCUUCAGAUUUUUUCGUCGCUCGUUUUGGAAAAGGGAAGCCCUCACUGGGGCCAAAUUUAUAGGUUUUUCUGUAAACGGGUUUUUUUUGUUGUUGUUUUUCACCCAAACUCCACUGGUGACUGACUUCUAGUGGUGGGAAGGUAAUGUGGCUGAACUUCUCACCGUGAUAAAGGAGAUUCCUAGCAAGGCUCAAGUUUAGGUGGAAAGACUUUUUCUCAGUGGCGGACACUUGGAUGCUCCCAGGAGACUUAAUGGGCCUUCAAACCACAGGAGAAAUGGUGAGGAGGCGUCAGUCUUGGAGGACAUGCUACCUGACGCUGCAGUUUGACGAGGGGCUGUUAAAAUCUGUGGUCAACUCUGCUCUGGGACACUGGGCUUUCAUCCCCUCUGCACAUGUAUUACCACUUUGACCUUCUGGUUUAUUUUCUUUGCCUCUUAUUAUUACUUUGAGAAGUUAUUUUAAGAAUCUUAAAAUUUUUCUUUUAAAUAUUCUAGUUUAGUUGUCUGUAAGCUAGCUCAGCUCAGGGAUCCAGAAGCCCCGAGGCAAAGCAAUCAUCAUUUCAGACAAAGUUCUUUUCCUAUUCCAAAUGUGUAUCUGUGGACUGGUGGUGGUAGGGAGUACAGUGUUUACUGUAGAAUUAGAAACGUUUAUUGUUGCUUCCCAAAGGUCGGUGUGCAAGGCACUGAUUCCAAGUUUUGGCUUUGCAAAUACACUUGGCCAUGGGGGUCCUUUGGGAAUUGUCCUGAGGCUUCUGAUUCCGAUGGGUCGUGGCCACUUCGCAAAGACACUGUGGGAAGCACCCUCGCUCCUGCCUGCACACUUGUGGUCAGCUGCAGGACUCCCUGAUGGCGGGUUGUGCACUCAUAGGUGGGUAGGCGGGAGAUCCUGGAGAGCUGUGGGAGUUUUGCGACUGCAGCAGGAAGAGGUGGGGACUUAGAAACUAGUCUCCAUAUGGCCGUUGUGCUGGGCACACCUGUUGACACUGUGGGUUCUGAGGAAGUCCAGACAUCAGAGGCCGAUACCCUCUACUCGCAGCACCUCCCCCAAGCCCUCUUUGUUCAUUGAUUCGAAAACAACAGGAGGCAGGAAGCGGACACUUGACAAGAUCCUGGAAAUGCCCAGCUGGGCCCUUGGCAACCAAGCGUUUGAUGUGUCCACUUCAUGGGGGGGAGUGGGCUCGGGAGUCCUGUGGGCCCUUCCCCAGAAGUGUACAUGCAAAUCAGAGGGGGUUAGCCUCAUACCUGUCUUUGAGCUGGUCUGAGAUGCCUGCCUGUGGGAUCGAGCCUUUCUUGUGCCCCAGCUGAAUCAGGAGUGUGACCACACUGCAGACACCCCCAUAUAACCCUGUUCCCGAGCUUCUCCCAAGUACAGCCUCAGGCUGUGCCCCAGGAGAGCUGGAACCCCAAUCGCAGGCACACAGCUUGAGUGAUAUGGGUGUGAACAACGCCGAUGUGGCUGUGCGCGACCGAGAAUGAGUGAGCAGAGUGUGGGACGGCAGGUCGCCCCGUUCUCUGGGCCAUCAGGCCCCACCUGGGUGGGCUCUGGGGCCAACGCUGGGCAUCCACGAUCAGGAGGGGAAGUGGCACAUGGAACAUAUGCAGGGGUGAGGCACCCAGAAAGAGAGUUACAAGGAUUCAGAACAUGUCAUUAAGAAAUAGGAAGAAGGAUGGGAUGUUCAUUCAGACUCUACAGGAGACCUGGUAUCUGUCUCCAGAUGCUGGACGGGGAUACUACUACCAACACGAAUGAUAAUACUAGCUCGCAUUUAUUUAAUGCGUCCCCAGUGCAAGCUCUGUGUUAAGCAUUUACUCUAACCGGCAUGUACCUUUAGGAUCCUCACUGUGCAGAUGAGAAGGCCGUAGACGGAUUAUGAAUGGCGAGCGGCAUCAGAAGGCAAAUGCAAGGAAAAAUGGUGUUUGUUACCAUGUGGCAGGUCAAGUCGGCAGAAGAGCUUCCAGAUGGUGUCACUCCCCAGAGGAAGGCGGAAGUGGCUGGGGGCAGGGAAGGAAGAGAACCUGUAACAUAGGUGGACGUGGCUUUGGGAGCACCCCUUGUGUUAUGGCAGUGAGUCUGCGCCACCACUGUGGGACAUGAAUGAGCGAGGCCCAGGGGCAUUAAAAAAUCAUCUGAGACCUUUCCACCUGUAAGUGACGGCCUGAUUUGAAUACAGGCUAUUUUUGGCUCUCAAGUCCAUUGUUAAUACUGCUUGUAGGAAUACCUGCUCACAGGCGGUCCUGGGGCUCUGGCCCCAGGCUGGGUCUCUCAGCUCCACAUUCUGGUGUCCGUGUCCAUUUCACACGUCCUCACAGCUAUUCCAUUGCUGUCUCCCCCAGUAGAUUCAAGAGGCAUGCAGGCAGGGCCCACUGUGGUGCCGUUCAGUAAUGUGUUUUUAGUGCCCUAGGACGGUUGAGAGAAUGAAUGAGUAUCGGUAGAGAUCCCUUACAAUGGGGAAAAUCAAGAAAUGGAUAAUCAAUCUAUUAGGACGUUAGAGGGGGAUUCUUGUAUGAGAUCGGGGAUGAAUUAUCAGUGGUUCUCACCCAGCAGAGCUUCAGAAUCUGAAGGACUUUGAAAAUAAAGAUUCCUAGGCCCACAUCAACAUCCCCCAGAAUGAGAACUCUCUGGGAGCCUGGGUAACCGCAUUGUGCAUGCCUUCCUGGUCAGUUCUGCUGCUCGCCCGGGUUAGGAAGCUGCCUUGCACACAUCUGAGUCAGGGGUUCUCUGCAUCGUGUGUCUCUAGGGCUCUGCACACCCCCUUUCCCUCCUCCCUCUGCCUGUCUCUGCCUGCUAGGCUUCCAGGUCAGGCUGUGCGUGCGUCUGGAGCAUGGCUGGAGGUCUGGUGCUGGGUCAGGCCUGGGUUCUUAUCAGCUGGGUAUAUUUACUGAGCAAAGUUCAGCCAGAGCUGAACUGUGGUUCCGGGUUUAAUAGGUACCCAGGCUUUCAGGCUUUUGAUCAGAGCCCAGGUCCCUGGUGCCCUUAUCACUGGAUGAUAAUGGACUCCCUGUGUGAGUCCCCAGGGCCAGUGGUACUCACUCUUAUUGGCUGACCCAAGCCUGCCCUUUAAAGGCCUGGGGCCCUAGACUGUGGGCUGUCUGGGUGGGUAGACGGUCACUGCCCAGCCAUGACCGCUGCUGGCUUGCUCUCCCUGGCCAGGAGGUGCCCUGUUCCAGCCCAGUGCUUUGGCCUCCCAGCUUUGAUGACAAAAGGCACAGCGAACCUUCUCACAGCCGCAAGGCUGGACACCCUCUGGUCCCAAGUAUGUGGCUCAGCAUCGGCGACAGCUCCAGAACAAGCCCCAGCCCCGCCCCGGCCGUACCAGGGCGUCCGUGUGAAGGAGCCGGUGAAGGAACUGCUCCGGAGGAAACGUGGCCACGCGAGCAGUGGGGCGGCUGUCACACCUACGGCGGUGGUGCUGCCCCAUCAGCCCCUGGCGACCUACACCACAGUGGGUCCUUCCUGCCUUGACAUGGAGGUCUCUGCUUCCACGGUGACCGAGGAGGGGGCCCUGUGUGCCGGCUGGCUCUCCCAGCCUGCCCCGGCGACCCUCCAACCCCUGGCCCCGUGGACACCCUACACGGAAUACGUGUCGCAUGAAGCUGUCAGCUGCCCCUACUCAGCGGACAUGUACGUGCAGCCCAUGUGCCCGAGCUACACGGUGGUGGGGCCCUCCUCCGUGCUGACCUACGCGUCCCAGCCACUCAUCACCAAUGUCACGACGAGAAGCGCAGCUGCGCCCACAGUGGGGCCCCAGCUGGACGGCCCGGAGCACCAGGCACCUCUUACCUAUUUCCCGUGGCCUCAGCCCCUGUCCACGCUGCCCACCUCCACCCUGCAGUACCAGCCUCCGGCCCCAGCCCUGCCCGGGCCCCAGUUCGUACAGCUGCCCAUCUCCAUCCCUGAGCCAGUCCUUCAGGACAUGGAGGACCCCAGGAGAGCCAUGAAUUCCCUGACCAUCGACAAGCUGCUUUUGGAGGAAGAGGAUGGCGACGCCUACGCACUCAACCACACGCUCUCCGUGGAAGGCUUUUAGGGUGUACUCCUGCCUGGAAUCCUGUUUCCUGAUGCUGGGAUUUAAAACAGGAUUUAAAACAGGGAAGAGGAUUCACAUCUGUUUGGAAUGGUCACGUUAUGACAGUACUUGGCAC